AUGAAGCUCACUGAGCUGGCUUCUGCUCUCUCUAUCCCUCCAUCAAAGGUUGAAGCUUUUGGUCUAUUCUUGACCACUCUAGUUUGCUUAGUGUUUUUCGCCAAAACACAAGAUCCUUCCGGAGCCACAAAGCAUCUACUCACGCCGUUGGAGGAUGUGGCUGAUGAGAAGCUGGAGUUUAACAAGAUGUUCAAUAAUGGUAUGGUUAGUGAUUCGGAGCUUGUUGGUGAUGUUGUCAUGAUGACUUGCAGGGACAUGUUUAAGGGGUUGAAGUCAUUGGUUGAAGUUGGUGGAGGGACUGGACCUAUGGCAAGAGCUAUAACUCAUGUUUUCCCUGAGAUUAAGUGCAUUGUUCUUGAUCUACCUCAUGAGAUUAAUACUGUGAAGGAACACAUUUGUCUUGUUGAGUAUGUUAGUGGUGAUAUGUUUGUCUCUGUUCCUCUUGCUAAUGCCACUCUCCUGAUGGAUAACUUCUAA